AUGUCUGUUCCCGUAAUGCAGCAAGAUUCAAAGCCGUCGUCGUACGAUGAGCGCCCCACAUCAGCACAGGUUCAGCGUCCUGUGUUUGCCGGUGAGGAAGAGGAGUUCAUCGACGAUGAACUAGGCGACGAUGUCGAUUUAGGUGUCGAACGGUACACACCGUACUCAGCUACUCAACAGGAUGAAUAUGCUAUCUCUGACUCAAUGCACGAGACCGCGCAGGGUGUGGCGCUUAACCAGCAGCCGCAACAACAUGCCGCUUCCCUUUCAACUGUGCCUGAACAGGUUCGCAAGUACUUGACGCACUUUCAAAUGGCCAUUGCGAAAAACUCUCUAGCAGAUAUUCACAGUGCUUAUGAGACGCAUUGGAACCGUUUGAGCGAUCGGUUCUACCAGCGCUCUGAGUGGCCAGAUGCAGAGACAAUUGCGCCACUUGUUGGUGAGGACCCAACGUUCCUUCUCUUGUACCGUGAACUUUGGGGUAGGCAUAUGUAUGCUCGUUUGAUUCCCGAAAGCGAAGACCGCGUUCAUUUGUAUGACAACUAUUGUGAGUUUUUCAACUAUGUUCUUAACUCGGACGGUCCUGUCUCCUUGGAGCUUCCUGUCCAAUGGCUAUGGGACAUCAUCGAUGAAUUUAUUUAUCAGUACCAGGCUUAUUCUCACUGGCGCAACAAAGUGUCUCAUAAACAAGAGCAUGACAUCCAGAUUCUUCAGGAUAACAGCGUUUGGAACAGUUACUCUGUCCUAAAUGUUCUUUAUUCCCUGAUCCAAAAGUCAAACAUAAUGGAACAGUUGAAGGCGAGCAACAUGGGUCAAGAUCCAGAUGAGGUUGCCGGUGAAUUUGGAGUACGACCUCUUUACAAGAUGCUCGGUUACUUCAGCAUCAUAGGCCUGUUGCGUGUUCACGUGCUAAUGGGUGAUUAUACUCUCGCUCUUAAGACGCUUGACCACAUCAAUAUUAACAAGAAGAGUGGCUUCCUCAACCGUGUGACAGCAUGCCACAUCACUGCGUAUUAUUACGUUGGUUUCUCGUAUAUGAUGAUGCGUCGGUACCCAGAUGCGAUUCGCGCUUUCACCCACAUUCUGGUGUUUAUCACGCGUCUGCGACAAUAUCAUACGCGCAGCUACCAGUACGACUCAAUCAACAAGAUGGUCGAUCACUCGAUGCAACAUCAGCUUAGGAUCUUCCUUCAAGACGUCAAAACUCAGCUCUCAAAUGUGCACAUUCGUUCAUUCCUCCGCGUGUACACGUCCUUGGGUACAGACAAGUUGGCAGGCUUCCUUGAUGUGGAUGAGGAAGAAGUUGUUGAAAUGAUGAUGGUUCUAAAGAACAGUACUCGAAGCUUGAAAUGGACAACGGGUGGUCUUCUCGAAGGAGAAGUGAUCAACACUAGCGACCUUGGAUUCGUUAUUGACACGGAUAUGGUGAACAUCACUGAGUCGCGUAUCAGCCGUAAAUACGGUGACUGGUUUGUGCGAAACGCGGGUCGAAUCAGUAACGUCUUGGCCACAACCAAACGAAAACCUCUACCGGUCACAAAUAGUUCAGGUAGCUUGAACUAA